UUUCUGACGCACCGCACUGAAGACCUGGUCAUCCCUUGCCCUCCGUCAUGGUCCGACCUAGUGCUCUUCCCCUGAGAGCCGUAUUGCGUGCCACUCGGCCUCGGCCGAUUUAUAUUCAGUUUGCAAACCAACAACGGCUGUUUGGGGUCUCUGUCCGCCGUCAAGCCGAUGACAAAAGCCACUCGUUUAAAAACCAGCUUUAUGAGAGCACGCAACAACGGUUAAAGCGAGAGCGUGCUGAACAAGAACGCUUUGCUCAAUACCAAACCCAAUCCCCUGGUGGCCGCUAUGCGGCGAUGAUGUUCGCGUUGGUAUUCUUUACCACCGGUGCCUACUUCCUCGGAUCCGUCAAGCCCGCGAGCCUUCCAACUUCAUCUACGACGCCUCUUUCGGACGUAGAACCCCCUCAACACAAUAUCUCCCAGUCGAAUCUCCAGGCCGCUUGGGCUGAUUUCGUUGAAAUUCUGGGGCAAGAAAAUGUAUCUACCGCUGCUGGAGACCUGGAGGCUCAUUCUGGAUCGGAUUGGUCAUCCUAUUCCAGAAAAGACGACGAAAAACCUUUCUUAAUCCUUUAUCCUUCAACCACCGAGGAUGUUUCGCGGAUAAUGAAGGUCUGCCAUCAGAGGGUUAUUCCGGUGACACCUUAUUCUGGUGGUACCAGCUUAGAGGGUCAUUUCGCUCCCACAAGGGGAGGGGUGUGCAUCGAUUUCCGUCGCAUGGAUCGGAUCCUGAAUUUUCACAAGCGAGAUCUUGAUGUUAUAGUCCAGCCGGCGAUUGGGUGGGAGGCGUUGAAUGAAGAGCUUGCGAAAGAUGGCCUUUUCUUCCCACCAGAUCCAGGCCCCGGCGCUUUAAUCGGGGGCAUGGUUGGAACAGGAUGUUCGGGAACCAAUGCCUACCGAUACGGCACGAUGCGGGAGUGGGUUCUUUCGUUGACAGUCGUACUCGCAGACGGCACAGUCAUCAAGACAAAGCAACGGCCAAGAAAGUCGAGUGCAGGCUAUGAUCUCACCAGGCUCUUUAUUGGAAGCGAGGGUACCCUGGGACUUGUGACCGAGGCCACUCUGAAACUCGCUGUCAAACCCAAGAGUCAAAAUGUUGCUGUUGCGAGCUUUCCAUCUAUUCACAAUGCGGCAGAGUGUGUGACGCGUGUGGUUGAGGAGGGUAUCCAGGUUGCAGGUCUUGAAAUCCUAGAUGAUAUGCAAAUGAAAUGUAUCAAUGCCAGCCAGGCAACGAGCCGGCAAUGGAAGGAAGCGCCUACUUUGUUUUUCAAGUUUACCGGAACGCCUGCUUGCAUCAAAGAGCAAAUCAGUUUAGUCCAAAAGAUUGUGUCUGGCACUUCGGGUCGAUCAUUCGAAUUUGCCCGGGGUGACGAUGAAAUGCAGGAGCUAUGGAGUGCACGGAAGGAGGCCCUUUGGAGUGUAAUGGCAAUACGAAGGGGAUCCGAGGACCAUGUCUGGACAACAGAUGUGGCCGUUCCGAUGAGCCAAUUGCCCAACAUUAUCGAAGCAACUAAGAAGGACAUGACCGAGAGCGGGUUAUUAGCAGGAAUCUGUGGUCAUGUCGGGGACGGCAACUUUCACGCUAUUAUUCUCUUCAACGACGUUGAACGGAAAACAGCAGAGGCGGUUGUCCAUCGCAUGGUAAAGCGUGCCGUGGAGUUGGAAGGAACCGUGACGGGGGAACAUGGGGUUGGUCUUAUUAAACGGGACUACCUCGAGCACGAAGUCGGCAAGUCUACAGUGGAUGCCAUGCGACGAUUGAAAUUGGCUUUUGAUCCCCUGCGUUUGCUGAAUUGCGAUAAAGUUGUUCGGGUCGAGCAGCCGUUUCCUGGAGAAGUAAAACAAUGGUGA